CUGCGGGCCGGGAGCCGGAGGGGAGCUGCACACUGCGAGCAGGGCGCCGUCUCGCCAGACUCCGGAGCGGGUCGUUUCCGCCGCCGGACCGUGGGGGACAGCAUGCCCGCGUGCGUCGCCUGAGGACCCCUGUCCCGCCAUGGGCUCCCCGGCCUGCGCCCUCGCGCUCUGCGUGGCCGUGGCUGUCGUGUCCGGUGCCACUUCGGAGCCCCCGUGCUCGGAGCGACGUGUCGUGCGGAGAGCCGCAGAGGUCUCGGGGCCUGAGCCUGGCCCCCAGGAGCAGCUGGUGUUCGGCAGUGGGGACAUCAUGGAGCUGAGCUGCCACCUGCCUGCGGACAGUGCCCCCGGGCCGACCAUCUGGGUGAAGGAUGGCUCAGGCCUGGUGCCCUCAGCCCGGGUCCUGGUGGGACCACAGCAGCUGCAUGUGCUCAACGUCUCCCAGGAGGACUCGGGCGCCUACAGCUGCCAGCAGCGAUUCCGGCAGCGCGUGCUGUGCCGCUUCAGUGUGCGGGUGACAGAUGCACCAUCAUCGGGAGAUGAUGAAGAUGGUGAGGAUGAGGCUGAGGACACAGGUGAGACCUGGGUCCAGGCCUGCAGGGGCGGGGGAUGGAGCCACCUGGGUAGGGAGCUCGGUGUCAAUGGCAGCAAAGUGGGCCCUGACGGCACCCCCUACGUCACUGUGCUCAAGUCCUGGAUCAGUGAGAGUUCGGAGGCCGACGUGCGCCUCCGCCUGGCCAAUGUGUCGGAGCGGGACGGGGGCGAGUACCUCUGUCGAGCCACCAAUUUCAUAGGCGUGGCUGAGAAGGCCUUUUGGCUGCGUGUUCACGGGCCCCCAGCAGCUGAGGAGGAGCUGGUGGAGGCGGACGAGGCGGGCAGCGUGUACGCAGGCGUCCUCAGCUACGGGGUGGGCUUCUUCUUCAUCCUGGUGGUGGUGGCUGUGACCAUCUGCCGGCUGCACAGCCCGACCAAGAAGGGCCUGGGCUCCCCCGCCGUGCACAAGGUCUCCCGCUUCCCGCUCAAGCGACAGGUGUCCUUGGAGUCAAACUCAUCCAUGAACUCCAACACGCCGCUAGUACGCAUAGCCCGGCUGUCCUCCGGGGAGGGCCCCACACUCGCCAACGUCUCGGAACUUGAACUGCCCGCCGACCCCAAGUGGGAGCUGUCUCGGGCCCGGCUGACCCUGGGCAAGCCCCUGGGCGAGGGCUGCUUUGGCCAGGUGGUCAUGGCAGAGGCCAUCGGCAUCGACAAGGAGCGGACCGCCAAGCCUGUCACCGUGGCCGUGAAGAUGCUGAAAGGUGGUGAGGAAGACGUGGCAGAGAGGUAUUGCCUCUACCCUGCGGGUUUGUGUGUGCCCUUCCCCGCCUUUUUGUGUCCCCGUGUCUAACUCAUGGCCCCUGCAGGGCCCCUGUAUGUGCUAGUGGAGUACGCAGCCAAGGGCAACCUGCGUGAAUACCUGCGUGCUCGCAGGCCCCCGGGCAUGGACUACUCAUUUGACACCUGCAAGCUGCCGGAGGAGCAGCUCACCUUCAAGGACUUGGUUUCCUGCGCCUACCAGGUGGCUCGGGGCAUGGAGUAUCUGGCCUCCCAGAAGUGCAUACACAGGGACCUGGCUGCCCGGAACGUGCUGGUGACAGAGGACAACGUGAUGAAGAUUGCAGACUUCGGGCUUGCCCGGGAUGUGCACAACCUGGACUACUAUAAGAAGACCACCAACGGCCGGCUGCCGGUGAAGUGGAUGGCGCCCGAGGCCCUGUUUGAUCGCGUCUACACCCAUCAGAGUGAUGUGUGGUCCUUUGGCGUCCUGCUGUGGGAGAUCUUCACGCUGGGGGGCUCACCGUACCCCGGCAUCCCGGUGGAGGAACUCUUCAAGCUGCUGAAGGAGGGGCAUCGCAUGGACAAGCCGGCCAACUGCACGCACGACCUGUACAUGAUCAUGCGGGAAUGCUGGCACGCCGUACCCUCUCAGAGGCCCACCUUCAAGCAGCUGGUGGAAGACCUGGAUCGUGUGCUCACAGUGACGUCCACCGAUGUGAGUGCCCCGGGGGCAUGGGAAGGGGGCGGGGGAGGGGGCAUGGGAAGUCGUGCUGACAAGACUGAAAUUACGGGUACCUGA